AUGGGCGAAGAUGGAUCUCUUUAUGUCAUUGACAAUGAAAACUAUGAAGUGAGACGAUAUCGAAGAGGAGAAUCUGAAGGAACAGUGGUUGCAGGUGGUAAUGGAAUUGGACAUGAUCCCAGUCAACUGUUUGAGCCACAGUAUAUAUUCGUCGAUCGAGAUCAUUCAGUGUAUAUCUCUGAGCAUGGGCAACAACGUGUAUCGAAAUGGGUAGAAGGUGCAAAAGAACGUAUUAUUGUGGCUGGGGGUAAUGGAAAAGGAACUGACCUCACACGCAUGGUAUAUAUUGAAGGAAUCGUUGUUGAUCGAUUUGGCACUGUCUAUGUGGCUGACCGCGGUAACAAUCGAAUCAUGCGUUGGCCAAAAGGAGCCACACAGGGUAGUAUCAUAGUUGGUGGAAACGGUUUAGGACAAGAACCAAAUCAACUCAAUAUGCCGUUCGGUUUGUCAUUCGAUCAAUACGGUAAUCUCUAUGUCGUCGAUUCGGGAAAUCAUCGAGUACAAAAAUUCAACAUUGAAUUCAACGGAUAAAAAAAAUACAAUACGAACACCAAAACAUACAUUAAUUAACAUGAUUAACUCGUUAAGAUUUAAUUCAUUAAUUAAUUGUAAUCGUUUAUUUUCGAAUUCAUGACAAUAAAAUUGAAUCAAACAAAUAAUAAUGUAAAUCGAUCAAUCAAUAGUGGAAUGCAGAUGGCGGUUCGCACUCUGAGCAAUUUUAGAUUUCUUAAAACAGAAAAUGAAUUCCCCUGGCGACAUGUCUGACUUUCUGUGGGAUCGGAAAGCUUGAAAUUAUUGAGUACUUCCCAUACCAGUAAUCGUUCAUUGUUUCAAGCACAUGUAAGCUUGAAAGUCAUUGAAUUCUUGGAGUUACAUCUCUUCACAUCUCCCUGAUUCUCCACAGUCAAAGAAAGCCUUAGAAAAUUUUGAAUUUUCAAAGAUUCCAGAGACUCAAGCACAACUAUAGAACAUUGUGUUGUUUCAAGCAGAAUGCAGAACGAAUGAGAAAAUUUUCAUUCAGAUUCGAUUCAAUUUGAUUCGACACAAACUAAUAAUAAAAUUAAUGUUAUUAUUUCGGCACAUCUUAAUAUUUUUCACUGUUCUUUUUUGUGUACACUAUUUAUUCUUCUAUUAUCUUAUCACAUUUUUAUGUGCCAUAUAGUCAUGUACUUAAAUAGUACAAUCAUUUGAUUCUGUGACACAACUGAGAUAGAAAGCGGAUAUUAUACAGGGUGUCCCAAGAGCCACUUACCAAAAACAAAUUUGAAUAUCUCCACUACGACUUGGGCAAACAAGCUCAUUUUUUUAUCACUGAUAGGGGUAGGCUCAAGCUUUAUAUUCAUAAAGACAUGCCCAGAG